GGGUGGAGGAGGGAGGAGGAAGAGGGGGGUGGAGCAUUGGGAAGUGGCACCAGUUUGUUUUGUUAUUGAAGGUCACGUGGCCACAGUGAGACUCCUCCCCCCUCCCCCCGUUACCACCGAUUCAACCGUCUCGAGCUGCUGCUCCGGUUAGUUACUACAAAAUGGCUGCAGAGGCUCCGCCGCCAACGAGAACCUCCUGAACGCUUCACGCUGUGAGAAGGAGCAAAAAACACGAGAAGAGAACCGUUUGAUGGAAGAUAAGAAAAAGAAAAAGCAAGACGAGAAGAAAAAGAAAGAAGCUGCUCAGAAAAAGGCCACAGAACAGAUAACCAAAGUGCCAGACUCUGCCAAGCCGGAUCCCGCCCCUCCUCUCCCCCCAGUCAACCCCAGUGCUGCCCCGGCUGUACCCCCAAGCAGUGGCAAUGGCAAGCGCGCCCCCUCCGGAGGUCAACCGCAGACAGCACAGCAGCCCCAGACUCCGCUCCAGCAGCGCUACCCGCCCAGAGAGGUUCCCCCGCGCUUCCGCCAGCAGGAGCACAAGCAGCUGUUGAAGAGGGGCCAGCCGCUUCCCCCGGGGACCCUGCCUCUCACCAACACAGGACGUCCCAACACUACUGAACCUGCAGUGGGAGUAGCCAUACACCCCUCUCCUUCCUGCGCUUCUUCCUCAACAGCCAGCCUGCCUACAGAACUGCCCCCACAGAGUGGCCAAGCAGCCCAGUAUGAUAAUCCCCUCUGGGGACACCUGCCAGCCAACAGAAGUGCCACAAGUGCUGCAUCUUCCACCAAUCUCAGUGGCUGGGAUCAACUGAUUAUUGACCAGAAGGACACAGAAGCUUGGCCUUCUAUUACCAUCAGCCAGAGCCAGGCCCCUCCAGGAGGAUGCCCUUUGGACACUGACCCUGGUCGCCUGACCAGCAGCAGCAGCAGUAGUAGUACUAGUAGUAGUUGUAGUACAGUGAUUAUGGCCACAGGGGCCAAUAGCCAGACAGGCCACUUUCCUGCCAACCAACUUAGCAGCAAGGCCAACAGUGGGCCCAGCCCUGCCAGUCAUAGUGGAACGAGCAUGCUCUCAAGCCAGGUUGCAGCCAAUCGCAGCUGGGGCUCUGGGUCUGGACCCUCCCAUUGCCCUCCUCAGUCCUCAGUGGGGAGUGAAGGGAAGAGUGACAGCCCAGUGGCGGGAGGAGGCGGCAGGGGCUGGGGCUCUUCUUCGUCAUCUUCCACCAACAACUUUAACUUGAACCUAAACCCCAGUGCCAACCCUUCAGCCUGGCCCAUGCUGGGACAUGAUGGGGGUAGCACAGGGGGAGGCAGCUCAGGGGGAGCCAACACCAUUUCAACUCCUCAACCUACACCCAACCUCUGUAAUCCACCUGGCCCCCCACCAGCCCAGACCAGCACCUGUACUGGAGCCAAUACUAACAGCAACUCCUCUGUGAUUGGCAGCGCCUGGGGUAGCAUGAUGACCUCUGACACGUCAGAGUCACACCCCUCCCCGUCCACAAAUGUGUCUUUCAGUUCAGAACCUCAGAACCUUAAAACUGAUGGACCAAAUCACACUAAUAAACAGGAACCCCCCAGCCCCAUUCGCAACUUGCCUGGCUGGGGUAAUGCACCUGUAGGCUUGGGUUCCAUGGGCCAGCCCCAAUCAGGGGGCCCCCAGGUCAAUGGAGAAGAUGGUAGUUCAGCAUGGGUUAACAGUGGAGAUUCUAAGGCACCUUCAUCUAAAGAGGCACCUGGCUGGGACUCUGGCUGGGGCCAUGGAGGAAAUCGAGCUGGAAACUCCGGAGGCUGGGGAGACCAGUCUGGUAGAGGCUGGGGGAAGCAGCACACUGAAGAGAAGCAGGGGGGCUGGGAUACCCCAAGCUCUCCUCCCCAGGAUACACAGACUAGUCCCUGGAACAGAGCUGUUAGCACAGCUGGUGCCAGUGAGGGGAGCAGUGACAGCAUGGAAGGACAUCCCCGGCAAAGAGACCACUCAGCCAGAGAUAAUCCAGCUCCUCUUCUGCCUGCUCAGGAUCUGGACCCCAGGGUUUUGUGUAACACUGGCUGGGGACAAACCCCUGUUCGUCAGCAUACCUCCUGGGACAUGGAAGAUGCUAAACGCAAAAAGGAAGCCUCGGAGUCAUGGGGCUCAGGCCCAAGCACUCCAAAUGACACCCAAGGGCCCACUAACACUAAUAUGGGCCCCUCACAGAGAGCUGACCCUGGGAGCAAAAAUGAUGUGCCUGGUUCUCAGGGAGCUUCAGGUUGGGGUGGAGGCAUGGCUGCUACCAACCAGCCUGGCUCUGGUUGGGGAGAGCAACCCAACAAUGUUAAGCCCCAAAGUGGCCACAGUGGCUGGGGAACUGCUCCAGCAACAGGCCCUCCCCCCAGUAUACCCAAAAAUGGGGGCCAGUCCUGGGGAUCCCACCAAGAGGAGAAGUCCUCUGGGUGGGAUGAUCCUAACAUCAAGACAACCUCCCAGGGCUGGGGGGAUCAACCCAAAGCAUCUCACAGCUGGAGCAGCAGUGGAGGGAGCAAUAAUUCAGGGGACUGGAGAGAAGCAGAAGAGAGCAAAAAGAGUCCCACUAACCCUGGGUGGGAAGGGGAAGCAGGUGGUGCAAAGGAAAACCCCAGAGGUUGGGGAAUGCCUACUCCUACACCUGGGAUAUCUGGAAGUGGAGGAAAUGGGGGCUGGGGUGAGCCAGUCUCCCAACGUACCAACGCACCAACAAAUGGCCCUCCCCAAAGUUGGGGGCCCAGUGGAAAUGGUGGAGGAGGGGGCAUGGGCUCUUGGAGUGGCCCAGCUCCAGUGAAGCAAAGCGGAGGCUGGACUGGCAGUAAGCAGGAAUCCUCAGCUGAGCCCACAGGCUGGGAGGAGCCUUCCCCACCCUCAAUAAGACGUAAGAUGGAGAUAGAUGAUGGGACAUCCGCUUGGGGUGACCCUGUUACGUACACCAAGUCAGUCAAUCUGUGGGACAGGAACAAUCCAGGAACGUCCCAGGCCAAAGUCCCACCUGGAGGCAAUAACCCCCCAGGCCCCAACAACAACAACAACAACCACCCCCCUUCUCACAAUCACACUUAUCACGGGCCGCCUGCACCCUUACAGAACCACACUUCAAACUCACAAAACCCAGGGCCCACCAGUGGACCCAUGGAUCCUGUUGUGCAACACCAGACUGGACCAUCUCACAGCCGGGGUCCCCUGAUAUCUCAAGGUUGGGGAGAGAAUCCCAGCUCCCACCCUAAAUCAGAGAGCACUUGGGGGGAACCUGCACCCCCUCCAGUCAGCGUGGACAACGGGACGUCUGCCUGGGGGAAACCUACCGGCAGCUGUGGAGGCUGGGGGGGAGACAACAACCCCGACAACUACAUCAGGGGCAACUCGGCGAUGACAACUGCAUCUUGCAAACCUGCCCCCAAACCUAUGCAAGAUGGAUGGGGAGGUGGAGGUGAAGAUCUCAACAUGUCAGGGGGUCAGUGGGAUGCUGAGGAGGGGGACAUGUGGAACAACACUGCCUCCCAGGAAAGCAACUCCUCCUGCAACUCUUGGGGCAAUGCAUCUAAAAAAGUUCCACAGAAGAUAAAAGUCCCAGUGAAGCAAGAAGAUGCCUGGAUCAUGAAUCGUCUCAUCAAACAGCUGACAGACAUGGGCUUCCCUAGAGACCCAGCAGAGGAAGCUCUAAAGAGCAACAACAUGAACCUGGACCAGGCCAUGAGUGCCCUGCUGGAGAAGAAGACAGAGCUAGACAAGCGGGGGAUGGGGAUGACCGGCCACGACUACAAUAACGGGCUCAUCAACAAGCCCAUGAGCUGCCCUCGGCCUCCGCUUCUUUCCAAAGACCCUUCAGCAGACCCCCGCCUGCCCUUCAUGGAUAAGCAGAUGCAGAGUGGAAUGUUUGGCGGUGGUGGAGCAGCACAAGCCCGGGCCAUGCAGCAGCCUCAGCCGCCUCCUCAGCCGCCAGUGCCGCCUCUCAGCUCCUCUCAGCCUAGUCUACGUGCUCAAGUGCCUCAGUUUCUCUCCCCUCAGGUUCAAGCACAGCUCUUACAGUUUGCAGCAAAAAACAUUGGUCUGAAUCCUGCACUUUUAACCUCACCAAUAAACCCUCAACAUAUGACCCUUCUGAAUCAACUUUACCAGCUGCAACUGGCAUACCAGCGUUUACAAAUUCAGCAGCAGAUGUUGCAGGCGCAACGCAACGUUUCUGGCCCCAUUCGACAACAAGAGCAGCAAGUUGCACGUACAAUCAAUAACAUGCAGCAGCAGAUCCAACAGCACCAGCGUCAGCUGGCCCAGGCCCUGCUGAUGAAGCAGCAGCAACAGCAGCCGCCCCCCUCCCACUCUGGCCUUCACCCUGGCGGGACUAAAUCCACCCUGGAUUCAUUUCCAGGUCACCCCCAGGCUCCAGGCCUCUCCGACCUGCAGACCAAAGAGCCGCAGUCAUCUCCAAACACCUACAGCCCCUACUCUCUCUCUGGACUGAAUCAAAACAUGAAUGUAAACUGCAUGGAGGUGGGAGGCCUGUCCAUGAAGGAGCCCCCCCAGCCUCAAUCGCGUCUGUCACAGUGGACGCAUCCAAACUCCAUCGAGAGUCUCUCUGGAAGCUCCUCUCCUCUGGAGCCCAACCUGGGCAAACAUGGUGCCAACCUGGGCCCCCCUGGCAAGCCUCAUCAACUGGAGGACUCCUACAGCCCCUACAACCUGAUGUCCAGCUCUGAGUCUCCUACCAGCCCCCUGGUCCCCCCCGACAGCUGGGGGCAGGGCAAGAGCAACAGUGACAAGAUGUCAAACGGGACCAAUAUCAACUGGCCACCAGAGUUCUGCCCCGGUGUGCCCUGGAAGGGUCUCCAGAAUAUCGACCCUGAGAAUGACCCAAAUAUGACCCCAGGCAGUGUCCCAAGCGGGCCCACCAUCAACACCAACAUCCAAGAUGUCAACCGCUACCUGCUGAGGGACAGGAGUGGAGGUAAAAUGUCAGAGAUGAAAUCUACGUGGUCUUCAGGCCCCAUUUCUCACAGCCAGGCCCCUCUGGCCCAUGAGCUGUGGAAGGUCCCACAGGGCAACCGGGGCAGCAACGUGGCCCCUUCCCGCCCCCCGCCUGGUCUCACCAACACCAAGCCUUCCUCAACAUGGGGGAACAACUCCCUGGGUCUGGCACAAGGCUGGAGCAGCUCCUACACUUCAGCGGGCACCACAUGGAGUACAGACAGCUCCAACAGGACCAGCAGCUGGCUGGUUCUAAGGAACCUCACUCCUCAGAUUGAUGGUUCCACUCUGCGUACGCUGUGCAUGCAGCACGGCCCCCUCAUCACAUUCCACCUCAACCUGACGCAGGGCAACGCUGUGGUGCGCUACAGCUCGAAGGACGAAGCUGCCAAGGCUCAGAAGUCCCUGCACAUGUGUGUGCUCGGGAACACCACCAUCCUGGCGGAGUUUGCUGGGGAAGAGGAGGUGAACCGCUUCUUUGCACAGGGCCAGCUGCUGGGCGGGACGACCAGCUGGCAGGCCACUCCUGGCACCAAUCAGACAAGGAUGGGCGGGGCCGGGUCUGGAGCCUCCCAUCCCAUCGGUCACUCACCCCACUGGAACAACAACAACGGCAGCAACAGCAGUAGCAGUAGCAGUGGCCUGGGAACAGGCGGAGCAAAAACAGGCGGAGAGUUGCUGUGGGGUGGCGUGCCGCAGUAUUCCAGCCUGUGGGGACCCCCGAGUGGAGAAGAGGGCCGAGUCGUGGGGAGUCCCACCCCAAUCAAUACGCUGCUGCCUGGAGAUCUGCUUAGCGGGGAGUCCAUGUAGGAAGAAACAAACACCAACAGGAGUGAAAACUUUGCAAAUCAUUGUGGAGAUAAUCAGUGUGGAUGUGACAGUGAAAAGGAGAGACGAGAGGAGGGCGGGGCCACAACCUCGCUGCUCAUCCUCGCCAACCUCCUCGGCUCCUUCUUGAUUUUAAAGACAUUUCAUUUGCAGUUUCUUUCAUGAAUCUCAGUGAGAGAUUUUGCUCACAGUGUUCGGCUCUCACUUUUGGAGACACAGGAAAAAAAAGUCUUUGUUCAACAAAGAAAGAGAACUUUUUAUGGACAUCGACUUUGGAGAACUCGCUGUGUGAAACGUACUUUGGUCAAACUGACACAAUGACGAGCUGCCACCUUGAAUCUUGCGUAAUCCCUCUCUGCCUUUCGAGGCAAUCAUACUGCACCUCAGAGAUCCAUUUAAAGGCAUCAUUCCCAAAGGAAAAAACCUUCAAUCAGAGCGGUUGUCGAACUUUCGGCUGGUCCAGACAACAUUUGUUUCUCUCAGCACUAAUAUUAGCCUUAACCUCUCUCCUGCCCUGCUAUCCUCACUCACUCUGUACUUGGUGAAGAAGCAUACGGACACUUGCACACCCUUAUUCCUGAGCCAGUGAAACCUGAUUGGAGAGUACAUGCUGCUGCGGAUUUACAUUAGCAACCACAGCUCAUAACUUCAGUGCAUUUUUGCAAGCAGAUCGAGUUCCCCCACAUGAUGCUCAAAGGGAAUGAUGCAACUUUGUUCCACGUGUCCAAGCCAUUUAUUUUUGUAGUGGUUUUUGGUUUAUUCUUAUUUUUCGUAAACCAUUGCAAACAAAGCUAAGAACUGAUAUUCAGAUGUGUCUGUCAAUCUUACCAGGUGGGGUGAGAGUUUCGGGGGUUGUCACAUGUACAUUUCAAGACGGGAUGGAUGACAAAAAUGAACCACUGCUAUUACUACCGAACUGUAAAGACAAAUAACUUCAAUGCACCUCAACUCCUCUGCGGGAGGCCCCGCUGUUAGCUCUCAAUCUCGGACCCUGUCACUGACGUUGUGGAAAACCUCAAGUCGUAAAUGUUUCCCACCAGUGUGUAGUCAAAGACCCCCCCCCUUCUCUCUCUUACUCCACCUGCAAAAACACCAUUUCAAGUGACGUGCAAUAUAAGCCACAGACUCUACCGUCCAAGAAAAACUCUCACAAAGAGAGCGGAGACUAUAAGGAAUGAUUGAACUGCAAAAGCUCUAUCUGCCCUACACCCACACUCCCCUCCCUGCACCCUAAAACUGCCACUACUACCCUUCACCCCCCCACCCCCCCACCCCUCCGAGAGUGUGUGAGCUCAGGAGAGUAGCAAGCUGGUCUUCAACCACCCUCUGUCCAAAACACAAGGACAUACCCACAAAGCACUUCUUCAGCCAGCCUACUCUCCACACAUAUGCCAGUGACUAGUUGUGGGGCAGACGGAGGGACAAGUGUGUGUGUUUCUGUGUCUGUGUGUGUAUGUGUGUGUGUGUGUGUGUGUGUGUGUGUGUGUGUGUGUGUGUGUGUGUGUGUGUGUGUGUGUGUGUGUGUGUGUGUGUGUGUGUGUGUGCUUGGGGAGAAGGCAUCAAACCAAAAUGAGAGGAGCCUGUUUCCCCCUUUUUACCCAGAAGACCAGAUAACCUUUAUUUUUUUUUUCUGCCCAAAUUUUGCAUUUGUAGAAAAGUAUGAAGCAAAGGUUUGUGAAUUGGUGGUCUAUCAUAGCACUUAGCAAAGAGCACUGCAGCUCAUCUUACCCUUAAUGCCAACGACUCCAAGAAAGGAGAAGCAACACUGGCAAAUAAAAAAAACUGACAAAAACAAAGACAAAAAAGCAAUCUGCUCAGUGGCUUCUCUAUAUACUUAUUUUUUAACUUAAUAUGGAUGUGAAGAUGUUUUUUGUUUUUUUCAAAUCCUUCUUCCCUCAAGUUGGUGGGACCAGGAAGGAUGUCAAACAUGGUAGCAAAGUGAAGGGAAAUACAAAGAACGAACUUACGAACUGAUGAUGGGUGCAGCACGGAGAAACCCGAAGCACUCAUCCUCACCCUCUAUCAGAGUAAAUAUCACUGUUACAUUGCAUACUUUGAAUUCUUUAGCCUUGGUGUCUGAAAACACUCAAUGUGUUUAUGUUCUACUGGGUCCAGCAGGGAGGAUCGCCAUCUGUUUUUCGUCCCUCUUUUUUUUCCUUUUUUUUUUGUCUUCUUUCUAUUGGAGGCCCUGCCAACCUGUGUGAAAGUGUGGCCACUGAGUGCCUGCCUGCUGCGGAGUGCAGUGCUCUGCAGCAGCCCUCACCCCAUCCCUCCCACUUGCUCGCUCGUUCGCUGCCUCCCUGCGGAUCCAUACAAGACUGGCUUCCCUUCUCUUCCUUGCACCCCUCCCCUCCCUUCCCCCCCUGGCCUCCAGGCACAGAGCAGCUCUUUCAGAACUGGCCCACCUGUAUUAAAUUUACUACUACUGCUGCGCCAGAGUCUGUCCUCAGCAACCUCCAACUCCACUCUGUCUCUGUCUCUCUUCUGCAAGGAUCACUUUAACCAGAGAUGGAGGCAUUUGAUGUUUUUUUUCUGGUUUUACUUAUGGAAUUGCCAGUGUGCAUUUUUUUAUUUUGUUGUUGUCAUGAAGUUUGCUGAUAUUAUUGCUGUUAUCAUUGACGAUAUAGAUAAUGAUUGUUUUCUCAUGAUGAUGAUGACGAUUUCAUGGCUUUUUAAUAUCGGUCUUUAUGCAGUGUUCAGCUUCUCUCCUGCCCCUCCCACUACCUCCCAUGCAAAAGCAGAGUGGGGCCGAGUUCCAGAGGUACGCCUCAGCUGUGCAGCAAGGCCAUACACAGUGAAGGCAGGCAGGCAGGCAGGCAGGCAGGCAGGCAGGCAGGCAGGCAGGCAGGGCGGCUUGAGGGGUGGGGGUCUUAAUGUUAGAGUCAGACGGGGAGGUUUCAAAGAGUCAGAUCAAGUCGUGUUACAGAACCGUUCUCUCCACAAAAGUGAGCCAGCUUCCUCUUGUCCAUCUUGAGGCGCCCAACCUCAUGACACACACACACAUCCUUUUAGUGUUGAUGGGCCUCACUCACACUGGUGCUUUAUGUUUAACUCUGGGAGCACUCAGUUACACUUAGAACCACCUCAAGUGAUAACAGCCUUCCAUUUCUAUGCAAAGACAAGGAGGUGUUUGUUCACAGCCAUCUAGAAAAACACAGCCAUUCAACACAUCUGCCAAUCUCCACCUAGCUCUCAACCUUUACUACCAGGCAGCUUCCCUAACCCCCCCCCCCCCCCUCUCUUUAGUCUCCCACUGUGUGGACAGAUCCACGAUGACGAUGACACUAACCUGACCUGCUGGAGGCACUAUUGGUUGGCAAACAGUCUUCAGUCUUGUGCCAACUGAUGUACAAAUAUCUUCUUCCACUUUGCCAUAUCCUCAUUUCUCUUACGCGUGAUGAGACUGUAGUUUCUAUUCUUGCUGCAGGAGGCUGUAGGAGUAGAUGGGCAGGACAGAUGAAUGGUGCAGGUAUUUAUCAAACAAACGACUGGAAAUGUAGUGGAGAACCAGGCUGCAGGAGGAGGAGGAGGGGCAGGGGCGGUCCCUGUAUGUGUCUGUGCACUGUUUAUGGGUCACAUCGGGUACAUCUCUUUAAAAACCAAAAACAUCUUUUUCUUUAUCAUCGAGUUUUUUUGCAAAAUCUAGAAACUAAAUAUAUAUAUAUAUAUUUAUAUAUAUAUAUAUAUAUAUAUAUAUAUAUAUCUAAAAAAAAAGUCUGUUCCAGCUGUGCACUCCGAGGCUGUGACACCUGUUUCUCUGCAAGCUGCCGCCUUCUCACCCCUCCUGUCCGGCCUCUUUUUUGGCCCCACACACGGGGAAGCUGUAUCCAGGUGGUUCAUUUCUGGACCUCCGACCUGAAGGCGGUGCAGGGGGAUUUGUUACAACAGGUCAUUUCUGCACAUCUGGCUUUUGGGGUCAGGGUCCACACAGAGGGACCCGGAGUAUCAGCAGAAAUGGGGACAAAACCUCAAGUUUGGUACCAAGUCUUAAAACUUUUGCCCUCUUCCAGAGUCGCUCGAGACCCACAUCAUUCAACAAAACAAUCACUAUUGCCUGUUGUCGUCUGUUUGUGUGUUUGUUUGUUCCUGAAAACCUGCAUUUACUCCACACUGGACUUAAAUCAAUGAACUGGCGUUGGAAGCAGGGAGGCGAACAGAGUGGGAGGGCGGGUGAUGGGGGGGACAGAGGUCGGGUCUCAGAUGUGCCCUGGAUUUCUUGGCGCAGCACCAGCACUGAGAGCACCCAGCCCCCCUCCUGCACCACCCCCUCCUGCACUCUUAUCUACCUGUCUAGUGUUGGAAAUCAGAUGCUAGCCCUUUUUUUUUAAGUCGCACGGACUCGGAGGCAACUGGAGCUCAAGCAAAAUCUGCGUCUCAAUCAUGGAUCAGAUAGGGGCCCUGAAAAGAGUUGAAUUAGCAAAUCUCUAAGGCCUGGGUUGAAUAUGCACAUGCUAGUUCAUAUACAGAAUACAACCAAGAGUACAUAAUGUGUGUAUAUGACUAGAUCUCUCUGUUUUCCCUUCAGCCCUUACCCUGUGUAUCCUCCUCAACAUUAUAUUCCCCAGAAGACAAGAUCAUAAACAUAUCAGAGUAAUACAAAAUAAUGAAAACAAAUACUUGAAUCAAAAGAAGCGCCAAUAAUGUAAUGUGAACACUUUUUGUAGUGGUUUUUUGUCUCAUUCAUACACUUCAGAGAUUUUUGAUAGCAUUGGUUCAAGCGUGAAUCAAAUUUGAAAUACGAGUGUUGAAAACAAAGAUCGAUAUAAAGGCAAAUUUACAUCUGUUGUAUUUGAGUGUUUGCACAAGGCUGCUUGUACUGUAUGUCGUAUGAAUGACCGUUUAGCGUGUGAGGUCGAAUUUUUUGUGUGAGAGCUCGUGAUUACAGCGGAGGAAUUUCCGCCUUGUGAUUCUUUUCAAUUCAGUAUACUUUUGUUGUUGAUUUUUUUUUUUCUUUUUUUUUUUGCUCGUCAAAAAUAUAUUCUGAUGUUAAUUGUUACUAGCCUCUAGCGUUGCACUGAGUGUCAGCCUCACCCCUCAUCCAGCUAAAUGAACAACAUGAUACAAGUACUGAGGGGGGACGGGGACAGUUCAUGUGUAAAUGUUUACUCAAGGACUAAAAUAAGUGUGUUUUUAAAAUGUAAUGUUUAUCUACCUUAGUGGCUUUCAUUGUGGAAUAAUCCAAGAAAGUAUGGAUCAUAAUUGAGUAUUGCACCAUUUUUCAGACUGUAAACCUAAAAAAAAAGAAAAAAACUUAAAAAAAAAAAAAUCACAUAUGUAAAAAAAAAAAAAAAAAAAAGAAUGCAGCAAAAAAAGUAUUUUGCAGACCUGUGGCCAUAGAUCGGGGUAGAAGGACUUCAGCUCUCCAAAAUCUGAGCAAAGGAGAGCGUGAAGGAAGAGACAUCAGACUGAGCCUUGGCUUUAGGGCUCACUUCAGAGGUGCCUACCUUUUUGGUUUGUUAGCUUUCGUUCUGUUCACUCAUGUUUUGUUUUUUUUCCUGCAAGGCCACUGACAGUUUACAAACACUUUGUUUUUUUCUGGAGUUCAGAAAAAAAAAUUCAGCGACACAAAAGAUUUAAACUAUGGGAAUGUUGGAAAAAGAUAAAAAAAAAAAAGGACAAAUGCUUCCAUUUUUAAAGAAAAAGUGCAACACAACACUUCACAGAAUGAAGAAAAAUUGUGCUACUUUCAGAACUCUGGGAUUGAACAGUGUUGUCUUGUUCUGUUUAACCUUCUUUAUUCUGUGUCGAUGUUGAUUUCAUGGACUAUCUGAAGCCUGUAUGUUUUAUGUUGAUUAUAUAUAUUUUUCCUUUAUAUAAAAAAAAAGAAAAGAAAAAAAGACAUAAUUGCUCACUAUCUUGCACACACACGAAAAAGUGGAUCUUGUCUCAGGAAGGCCAGGGUUCCAGAGUACCAACUCCACGCCAUUUUAAUGUACAUUUUUAUGAUGAGUAAAAAAAAAAAAGGAUGGUUUAAAAGAAACAAUUCUAAGCACUGAAAGUUAUGGAUUUCGGAAGAAGAGAAAAUACCUUUGUUUCUAAAUCCGUAGCAGUUACAUAAUAACCAAAUAAUGGACUUUAAAUGAAAAUGGAGUGCUUUAUAUAUAAAUCUAUAUAUUAAAACUGCUUUACAUUUAAAAAUGAAAAAAGGUCAAUGAUUUUGAUUGUUAAAAAGAAAGACAGUGAAUAACAUGCAAAAUGCUGUAUGUUUGAAUCUUUAUUGUGUUUUCUUAAUGAGGUCCCGUCCUGACUGAAUCAGGAACAUUGUGCAUUACUCUUUCUUUCCUCUCUCUCUCUUUCUCUCUCUCUCUCUCUCUCUCUCAUUCUCCCACAGCGGGUAUUAUUUUUAUUUUUAUUAUGAAUAGAGGUAAAAAUCAGACUUCUGUGGAACAUUUUCCACACUUUGGAGGAUGUUUGUAAAACAUGAGCUGGUUGUAAAGGAUCAUGAAACUAUGCACAAGUGUUGGGGGGGGGGGGGGGUUAGAAGUUGGGGAUUUUAUGGCCUACUUCAUAGUGGCUGGUCUAUUGCAGGGGUUUUGGGGAUUUAUUGUGUUUUUAUUUGAAUUUCUAAGGGGAUGGAGGGGUGAUUCAUGUCGAACCCCCCCACCUCCCACUUCCUCCCCCUGAUUCAGAUUGACCUAGCGCUACAUCGCCAUGCUGUGUACUCCUAAAACCAAUGAGCGUCUCACUCUUUAGCACUGUGGGAUUCUAGCCUGUCACCCUCAAGGGUUUUUCUUUUCUGUUAUCAAAGGUUUUCUUGGAGGGUGGGCAGUGGGUGGGGGGUAAAGGGUUUAGGGCUGCUUUUUUUUUUUUUGCCUUUUUUUGUUUUUCUUUUGUUUUUGAAAUAUUAAGUAAAAAUGUCUGUACUGAGAUUUAAUGAAAAGUCAGUGGCUUGUAAUGUUUUAUUUUUUCUCUCUGUAUAUCUCUUUCUCCUCAUAGAAUGUGAUUGUUCAAUGACAUGCACCGAAACAAAUCUUUUCAUGAACUAUGGAGCUUCUUUCAAAUAUUAAUAAAAUAGCUUUUUUCUUGGCUGUUAAAAAAGGGC